AUGAGUGAUUCCGGCCCAGCUAAACCUGAGAGUGCCUCUGGUACCUCUGGUGCUACUCCAGUGGUACCAGUUGUGCCAGACGCCGCUAACUCAACUACACCAGAGCCUACAACAGAACCUAGUGCAGGCAACAAGACACUCACUAAUAAAGAACUGAAGGAGUUGAAAAAACAGGAAAAGGCAGCCAAAAGAGCUGCCGCCAAAGCCGUUGCCGGUGGUGGAACUGCUGAAGUUGCCACCAGACAAGAAGCUGCAGCUGCCUUGAAAGCAGCUGCUGGAAAGGCCAAAACUUCUUCGAACAUCAAAAAACAGAUGGAUCAGGCAAAAAUCGUCAAGGAGGAUAAGAAAAAAAUCCCUGCAUUAUUUGGUCAUCUUGAUACGAGAGAACAGAGGAAUAGCUCUUCGCCAUAUGUUGCUAGUGUUGUGCAUCCUUCCAUACUAUCGUUGUCUCUCAAGUUUUCCACAUACAGAAUAGUUGGAUCUACACCUAGAUGUGUUGCCAUGCUGGAGGCUUUUAAGGACGUCAUUUCUUCGUACACGACACCUGAUGGAACUUCUCUUUCUAGAAAUCUCACGUCGCAUUUGUCGCACCAGAUUGAGUAUCUCAAGACAUCGAGGCCGCUUUCUGUGUCCAUGGGUAACUCUAUUAGAUGGCUGAAACAAGAGAUCUCGUUGAUUUCGAUCGACACCUCUGACGAGGUUGCAAAAAACAGUCUCAUAGAGAAGAUCGACCAGUUCAUCUCCGAAAAAAUUGUGUAUUCGGAUCGUGUUAUCGUUCAAAGUGCAUCCAACCAUAUCAAGAAUGGAGACACGGUUCUGACGUAUGGUCACUCCGAGGUGCUGAAAAAACUGUUCAUUUAUUGUGCUGAAGAAGAAAACAAGGACUUCACCGUUGUGUGUGUUGACUCUAAGCCGUUAUUUGAAGGAAAAAGGCUUGCCAAGGAGCUUUGCAACCGCGGAUUGAAAUGCCAAUAUGGAUUAAUUAGUGGACUGACCACGGUGAUGAAAGACGUGGAUACCGUCUUUUUGGGUGCACACGCGAUGCUUUCAAACGGAAGACUUUAUUCCAGAGUGGGUACUGCGUUGAUAGCAAUGAGUGCCAAAAGGAGGAACAUCCCAGUGCUGGUCUGCUGCGAGUCUCUGAAGUUCAGCGACAAAGUACAGCUCGACAGUGUGACGUUGAACGAGCUUGGAGAUUCAGAAGACAUGUUGGGGAUCUCAGGUAGCGCUUUGACUAGAAAGGGAUUUGCACUGCAGCAGUUCAUAUCGCAGAAAAAGCAGGAGCAGGCCAGCACAACCACUGCUUCUCAAAAGAAGAACUCAGGCAAUACCACCACCACCACCACCACUAGCACUCUGACUAUCAACGAACUCAAGGACCCCGUUCUGUCCAAUUGGAAAGAUAUCCCCAAGUUGAAUAUCCUAAACAUCAUGUACGAUCUGACCCAGCCUGAGUGUAUCAAGAAGAUCAUCACUGAGCUGGGAGCUCUGCCGCCAUCUUCGGUGCCUGUCAUUCUGAGAGAGUAUAAGUCUACUGUGUAA